AUGACCAAGCCGAACCCAAUGCAUGGUCAAAUUUUAAAACACCAUUCCCUCGAGACUUGUAUUAAGUUAAAGGUAAUUGACUUGGGCGGCGAGCCAAUCACAGGCAGUCAGUACUACGGAAAUGGCCGAGUGACCGAAUUCAAAUACGGCACAAAACUGGGGACAGUGAUCCACAAGUGGAAUGGAGAAAAGAUGGCCUACUUAAAGAACUGGGGAGAAGGCUGGGGCUUUGCGCCUUCUGACAGAGCCCUGGUCUUUGUGGAUAACCAUGACAACCAGCGGGGGCACGGGGCUGGUGGAGCUUCCAUUCUCACCUUCUGGGACGCCAGGCUUUAUAAAAUGGCUGUUGGUUUCAUGUUGGCUCAUCCGUAUGGAUUCACACGUGUGAUGUCAAGUUAUCGUUGGACAAGAAAUUUUGUAAACGGGCAGGACGUCAACGACUGGAUUGGACCACCUAGCAACUCGGAUGGAUCAACAAAGUCCGUUACAAUCAAUGCAGAUACCACCUGUGGCAAUGACUGGGUUUGUGAGCAUCGCUGGAGGCAAAUAAGGAACAUGGUUAUCUUCCGUAACGUGGCAGAUGGCCAGCCUUUCUCAAACUGGUGGGACAAUGGCAGCAAUCAAGUAGCUUUUGGCCGUGGCAAUAAAGGCUUCAUCGUCUUUAAUAAUGACGACUGGUAAGUUGGUGGGAGAGACUGUAUCCCCGAGGAGAAGCAUAGCUCCCCAGCCGGAACGCUGAAAGGGCUCAGGUGUUGGGAGGGGGGAUGUCCUUGAGCUAGAGCGCUGACAGGUGAAUGGAGAACAUGGAAAGCAAGGCUGAGGUGUCUGAGUGGAGCGUCUGAAGAUGUACAGAUUGCUCGUUAGCAUCUUGAGCAUCCCAUUCCUGUGGUCUGCCUCACAUACCGUGUCAUCUCCAGUACACCCACAUAGGAGUUCACAUGAGAAGAGGCUGAGGCUGUGGACAGAGCAGUGCCCAAGGAUGGAAGCAGUAGGAGCUGAAGUUUUGGUAGUUCUGAGCGGAGCAGGCACUCUCUCACUUCCCUCAUCCAAACUUGCCUGUCCAAUCCAGGCCAGUCCAAGCCCGUUCAACCCUAAUGGAUUGAACGCUCAUCACAAUUAGGAUUACCUUUAGCAGCACGCGUCCUGUUGUGAAGCUCUUUUAUGCUUUGAUUUUGUCCUGUCCUUUUCUUCCAAUGAGAACAA